GCGCUCAAGAUAUCAAUCCUCCAAUCAGUCGCUAUAUCUCAGUUCAUCCCUGUCCUGGGAAUUAAAGGAUCUGGCACCCAGCUCCUCGUUUAUCACCGACAAGUAAACAUGGUGUCUGACCAGAACGGAGCCAGUAGCAGAAGCGACAGCCCAGAGUUCACCAUCGACUAUGAUGAAUCGAGACCAUAUAUCCAGGAGUACCAGAAACCUCCCAAGUUCAGUACGGGAGAGAAAGUUUGGUACCGGCAGACCAGGGACUCCUCACUCGAAGGCCCGUUCGUAGUAGCCUCGGUCUCUUCUGAGGGUAAAUAUCUUCUGGCCUGUGAUGAUCCGGAUAAACCAGAGACUGCCAAAGAUGGGAUGGAGAUUGAUGAGGAGCACCUACAAUCCGUUGAGGCAUAG